AUGCCGAGGAUCAAAAAACCAGGACCACUACUGAGCGAUCCAUAUUCCACCAUCGGGUACCAAGCAAUGUCCAGUUCCAUUGAAAGUAUCAGCAAGACAGCUGAGUAUCCAGUUGAAGAAAGGCAACUGAGCAGCUUUGAUGAUGUAUCGGAAAUUGAGGAGUUAGAGCGCAGAAAGGGAUGGAAAUACCGUCUAGCCAGUGUCAUCUGGGAUUCGGCAGAUAAAGGCAAAGAUGAAAGAGCUCUUCUAUUCAAGCUCGAUAUCUUCUUUUUGUCGUCUAUUAUGCUUGGUUAUUUUAUCAAGACCCUGGAUAUGAACAAUAUUAACACUGCAUAUAUAAAUGGUAUGCAGGAAGAUCUGAAAAUGAAGGGUUCUGAUCUGAAUCUGAUACAAACAUGCUGGACUGUUGGUUAUAUUGUUGGCCAAUUUCCCAGUAAUUUGAUUCUUCACCGAGUAUCACCAAGAUACUACCUUGGAGCUCUGGAAAUAAUGUGGUCAAUUUUGACUGUGCUCAGAAUUACCUGUAACACACUUCCCAAAAUGUAUGCAAUCUCAUUCUUCAUCGGUUUGUUGGAAGCGGGUUUCUUUCCUGCUGUUGAAUUCUUGCUCGGAUCAUGGUAUUUGCCAGACGAGCUGACCAAGAGAUCGACUUUGUUUGCUGUGUCUGGAACAGCCGCCUCAAUGGUUACUGGUUAUUUACAGGCAGCUAUUAUCAAAACCCUUUCUCACAAGAAGCUGGCUUCCUAUAAAUACUUGUUUGUUCUGGAUGCGGUAAUUUCCUUUCCAAUUGCACUUUACACAAUGGUUGCAAAUCCCGACACACCAGCAUACACCACAUCGUGGUACCUCAAUGACCGCGAUAAGAAGAUUGCCAUAGCUCGUACUACAAAGUACAGUGGCGCAAAACAUCCUCCUAAAAGAAAGAUAGGCAAAGACACUCUGAAAAGAACAUUCAGUACUUGGCACAUCUUUUUAUUCCCGGUUAUCUUUUUGGCGUUCAACAACACCUGUAAUUCUUCCUCACAACCUACCUUCCAAUCUUGGCUCAAGAGUUUGGGCUACACACCUGUAGAGUACAAUGUCUAUCCUACAGCAGUUAAUGGAGCCGGAAUUGGGUUCGCACUUGUAGUGGCCUGGAUAUCGGAUGCUUUCAACGGAUUGAACUGGCCAUUUGUGCUCCUAUAUUUCUUUCUUCAGGCACUUGGCUCACUGUUUUUGGCUAUCUGGCAUAUUCCUCGAGGAUUACAUUGGUUCUCAUACUUCCUAGUGGGAAUUCCGACUGCUUGGGGUCAGCCUAUGAUUUUCGCUUGGGUCAACAGACUGCUGUCUGGUGAUACUGACAAGCGAUUGCUAACGGUGACUGCCACUAAUAAUUUGGCUUACGUUACAAAUGCAUGGGUUCCCAUUCUGACCUGGAAUGCUGGUGAUAUGCCCCGUUAUUUUAUUGGUUUCACAUACAAUGCCACUCUGGCCGUUGUUGGUUUUAUUUUAACGAUAUCUGCAAUUUUCUUGGAGAGACGAGACAAGCAAACGAGGAAAAUCUCCGAAGCAGAGGCCCAUUCCUCCGAAGUACAAGACGCAUAG